AUGAGGGCCGUCCCGGCAAUGGGGGACACCAAGGCCACUCAUCAGACCAAGAAGAGCAAGGCGGCCCCAAGAUUGCUCGUCCAAGAAUCCUUUGCCCGAGCCACGACCAAAAAGCUUAGCGCGGAAACGGUCAUAGGCGUCGACAUCGCACGACGUUUGAAAAACAAAACAUUGUUUGCUAGCUUCGAUGGCGUGCGCUGCCACCUCAUUGAUGCUUUCGAGUCUCGUGGGGAGACGUCCACUGUCGACAAGUGGAAGUUUCGUUUCGACCGUUACGUUCGACCAACACACAACCCUGUCGAAAAUGCCAGCCGCACCUUGGCGCGCCCUUCGUUCUUUAUCCUGUAG